AUGGAGAUGGAACAUUUAGAACCGAGGGUGAAACCGUUGCCCUUCAAGGUAAAGGCAGCGUCCCGAGAGUCGUCGCCGACCCAGAAGGCUGCCCAUUUACUCGAACCGGACCUUCGUUCCCACUGGUCUACCGGGACGAACACGAAGGAGUGGAUAGUUCUUGAGCUAGAGGUACGCUUGUAAAUCUCUCUCUCUCUCUCCGCAGAUAUAAUAAGAGAUAAUCCUUGCUGGAGUUGAUUGGAUUGGGGAAUUUAUGAUAGAAGAUAGCGGGAGAGAGCAGUCUAAGUUUUUUUUUCCAGGUUCUAAUGUAUGUGAAUUAUUUGAAAUAUUGAAAUAUCUGAAGUUUUAGCCCCUCAUUGGUUAGAAUGAAUGUCUGUUGCUGCGAAGUUUUAUGAGAACAACAUCGAACGAACAUAUGUUCCCUCAUUAAUUUUUUUUUGGGUGUCGAAUUAUUUCCUCAGGAUGAAAGUUUUUCACAAAUAGUCCUUCAGAAUAAAUUAUGUAAUUGGAGCUUUUCUCACCGUCAGGAUAGUCACUUGCAUCUUUUAAUAUAUCAAGUCUCAAUUUUAUGACAAUUACUUGCUUCUGCUCCAUAGAGAAGAAAAACAGUAUCACAAUCAACUUAUCUGAGAUUAUUCACUUUUAGGCUUUCAUCAUAUUUGCAAGUCUCUAAUCAGCUCAAGUACUUGUGCCCUCUAUUCCUUUCUAUUCAACACCAAAAGACAGGAGGGUACACAUGCGGUCCCCUUACCCAAGACUUGAAUGUGCUCAAUCGACAGGCAUACUAGUUUCACCGAAGUUUACUUUCUGAUUCAUCCCUUGGAUCUUUCGUAGGUGCCCAUCAAAGCUUAAUCUAUAAUGGGAAGUCCCACUUCACCCACAUCGUAAUGGUGCUUGAAAACCAACCGUCUUUUCUCCCAGGUCCUAUUCUUCACUGCAUGCGUGUACCCAUAUAUCAAUUGGAUUUUCGUGUACCACUUUGUUUACUCUUAUUGAUUGCCUUUCUGUGGACCCUGUUCAUAACCUGAUGGGUUUUUAAUCUCAUAAUGCACGUGCCAUAUCGUUAUUCAGUAUCAGUACGAAAAUGGACUUCUUCAUGGUCUUCUGAUGAGAAUGAAAAUUUCAGUAAAACUGAUCUAAUUGAUAAUAAUUUUUUCCUUGAAAUUUUAUUGAUUAGUUUUUAAUCAUAUCGUAUGUUUCUUGGAAUAAGAUAAGAGUUAAUGCCUUCUCUCAUUCUAGAAAUCGUUAUUGUUUGAAAUCGUUUGGAGAGUUCCUCACCUCUUCAUUUUACCCUGUCUCCCUUGAUCUUUGCUGCCUGUUGCUUCCCUGAUUGGUAUCCCUUCUUACCUGUCUUAAAUGCACCUUUGUAUUGUGUAUUUCCCUCACGAAAAAUCCUUUUCUACUCCGGUGCGUUGGGACCCACCCUCCAGUUGAAUUGUUCACUCUCUUACAUCAUUCCUACAAAAUGUUCCACUAGCUUCACCCAACGUGGUAAUUACUGUCUUGGUCAUGAAAUUCUUCACACUUGCUUGGUUGCCACAGAGAAUCUUCUGCACCGGGGUAUGGGAUCCUAUAACUUUCAAGGCAAGCCAUGUACGUGCUUGAACUCCUAUCUCGUUCGGGACCUCUCUAAUAUAGGAUAAGGUUCAUCGUUAACCUGCUGUUGGUCUUUCAAAGCGUAAACUUGUUUUGAGACAAUGAAGUCUACAGCCAAGCUAGUGCUUGAUUCUCUGCCAGGCAACUUCUAUUGUGGAAUGACAUUUAUCCUCAGGGGUUCAUCUCUUGGGUGGAUGCCGGCUCACAGGUCUCCUUGGUGAUCUGAAGUGCAUGCACAAAAGGAAGCCCCUCCCAAGUUCUCUAAUCAAUACAGAGAAGACCACUUUAUACUACUUUUCUUCCUCCAAUGUCAGUCCCCUAGGCUGUCAUCUGAGCAUUGAUAUCCACGUAGGUUUGAUCCCAAAUAGUAUGAAACAGGUCAUGUGAUAUACAUGUGCCAUUGUUAUUUGAAAUUUGAAGUAAUCAGUUGGAGUUGUUGCCUGAUUUAUUGAUUGUAUUUUAUAUUAUAUGCAUGUCAAUUGGAAUAUGAAUUUUCUUUUGUAGAGAACUCCCGCAGCUGUGCAACAGCAAGAAACUAUAGCCCUUUACUGUUAUUCCCUAGAUUACAUGAGCUACAAGUGGGUCUGCUGUAUUAUUCAUGCUAGUUUAAUUAUUGGAGUAUAUUUCUUAUGCACUACGUUGGUUAUUUCUUUCUCUGCAGGAACCUUGUCUACUUUCGCAUAUUAGGAUUUAUAAUAAAUCUGUUCUUGAAUGGGAAAUCUCUGUUGGACUACGCUACAAGGUUAAUGCCCACUGGUGCUUCCUUUUCAUUUUCUUGAUUUUAUCUUCACAGGAAUCAUCCAUAUGCUAUUUAAUUUUCUACCUGAAGUUUGAUCCUUGACUCUAUUCUGUGGCACAUUAUGUGAUCUUCCUUCUUCCCUCUUGCAGAUAUUCUCACAAGAAAGAUCUGUUCUUUUUUCUAUCAGCUCAUUGUGAUUAAUCUGAUUCUAUUCGGUGGCAAAAUUAUAUGACUUUCCUGGUGAGAGCGUGGAUUGUUGGCCAAUUCACAUCUCAAUGCAGGAGUUAUAAUAUGCUCUUUCUAGCGUUCUAGAGAUUGACGUCAAUCUUGAAAUUCGGAGCUUGUAAGGAGAGAAUAUUAAUGACAUGACAUAUUGCCAUAAUUCUUCGCUCAUGUCUUCUUUGUUUAAGUGAACGUUUGUAUUGCAUCAUAAUUUAACCUUCAUAUUAUUUAUUUUAUUAUCUUCCCCUGAUUUUAUUGGUAGUUUCCUUGAAUUACCAUGCUUUCAAACAUAUCUACUAAGUCAUGCAUAAAGCUGGGGAGGUUUUGCUGACUCAAAACGAUUUUGUUGACUAUAAAUUAAUUGCAUCAUUUCUCUCGUAGAUAUUGGGAAAUACCUUGACGCCGACAGUUGAUUAAUGGCUCGUUUUCACUCAAUGCGUAAUGAGGAUCAAUAUGGGCAUCGUGAGUGCUGGAAGAUUCGUCAUCAUGCCUGUUGUUUUCUUUUAUUUGACUUGGUCAAUCACUUCCAGAUGGAACUGACAUUCAUUGAAAGAGCGUGGUAUCACAUAAUAAGCACCUGGGGGGUCUGAAUCCUCUAUUUGGUUGAAAAUCAGUCGGCCAAUUGGGCUUGCUGACCUAUGCAUGCUUAAUUGAGACACGCCUUUGAAUUUAUGACAUUUGAGACAGCAUGGGAGAGGAACUGGAUAUUUUACCUGAUCGUGCGUAUAACACUCUGAACUGCGUUUGUCUUUACCUUGUUGGUCAUUGGUGUUCCUUUGAAAAGUCACAGUGUAGGAAGUUUCCAGGAGGGUAAGAAAUGCCAUAGCUUCAUCUGAAAUAGGACUAUUACCUUGGGUCACUGCAGCAGCAUUUAGAAACAUCACAUGCUAGUAUCAUUCUGGACAAAUCUGGGAAAUGAUUUAUUUCGAGGUUCUGCACUAGCCUGUAUCGAUUCAUUUGAUCUUUAUAUAUAUCCUUAAUGCUUUUGAUACACCAGUUAAAGUGGUCGUUUCAGUCAUCAAGCAUUAAUGUUGAUCAUGUUUUCACAUCUGGCUAUUAGUUUAGCAGAAUAUAUUCUGAUAAUAGUUAGGCUACUAUUUUGCGGUCAUGAUUGGAUUAUCAUUGUGACAUUUGAUGACUGAUUUGGGUGUAGAUAUAAUCGUACUAAAAAGACAUUGCUUUUUUACUGUACGGCUAUGAUAUAAUGGGUAUUUUGGAUAAAAAUUAUAUCACUGAAUGAAAGGCAUAUUUGAUGCAUUUGAAUGGUUCAGGUUCAGAUUCCUGUUCAGGUUCAUGUUCCUACGUAAUAAAACUGAAAUCUCGUGGAUAGCAUUUAUUGUGUUGGGGGUCUCCUUUUGAUGAGCCCUUGCUAUGGGAAAACAUUGCAGUUAAUGGGGACUAUCUUCCAUCAACAAAGUCAAUGAUAAGUCAAUGGUCUUGUUAGUAUGGGGAAGCAUCUUGAAACAUCAGAAAUGGCAGCUGCCUCAAAUUUGCUGUCUUUGAAAAUGGUAAAAUUUCAGGUAGUUGAAGAUCAAUGGUGGGAAGGAUUCGCUUCUGUGAAUCUAUCUAAAAUCCAUAUCUUGCCAUUGAUAGCGGAAAUUCUUUGUGGAAUGACGAGGCAGAUCAAGAAGCCAUCUGGGAUUCUUUAAUUUAAGAACUCCCACAGAGGUAACAGAGGCAUUGGAGUAUUACAUGUUGACCAGGUUCUCUACUCAGUGGUAUCUGGGAUGCAUGAAGUGGCGUCUUAGUGAUAAUUCUCAUCUUGGUCAUUUGCUACAAGGAAUGAGGAACUGUGAUGUUGGGAGAGAUUUUCAAAGCAGUGAAGGUUUCAUUGGCUCUUGCCAGGGUCCGAAUUUCUUGCUGGAUAAUCUUACUAUGUGGCACAAAUAUUUAGAAGGGUCAGCUCCUUGGCUGUUUGUGUUUUAAUUGAGCAUGGUACCGGAAGAAAUUUUAGGCGAGACUUUUGUGUAAUGAGUGAAGGGAUGAGUCUCUCAUCUUGUGGAUGUUUAAUUUGGGUACGGUCUAGACGAUCUUGGUUUGGGAUAACUGUGAUUUUCAGAUUUAAUGAACACACAAUUGUACGAUUACCAUUUUCAAAAAAGAAUAUCAAACAAAAAGGAGAGCUAGACAUUGUUGACUCUUUCACAUAUAACUUAGUUACAGUAAGAAAGCACAGUUGGAAAUUAAUGAUGGAUGAAACCUUACCAUCAGCUGUCCUGUAUGCGCUGUUGGAGUGGAGACUUUCUCUUCUUCACUCACACCGAAUACAUCAUCAUCUUCAUAGUAGGCAGAUUGCUGGAGGAUUUUGGUAUAGCUACAGAUUUUGAAGAGCUUCAGAUUUUUAAUUUUCACCUUUCUUCUUCCAUGCAAUUAUUCUUGCUGAGAGUCUAAGAGAUUAUCUGCAUCUUUUUAUGUCUAAAAUAUUAAUUCUUUAGCCGGUCAUUGUAAAAUGAGUCUGCAUUCUCUGCACCUUCCAGUUGUUUUAUAUGUUUGUGUUUUAUAUGCAGAAAGUUGCUCUUUUUUUUCUAGGGUUUGAGGAUAUAGAAAUCUGCAUUCUCUGGUACUAAUUGAUUUUACCCACUGUGCCGAGGGAUAUUUGGGGAUGACAGAUACAAGAGAUUCAAGGAUUAGUUUACCGGGAAGCAUUGAGUAUCCCCAUAGAAAGUCUGAAGUUCAAAGAUUCACUAUUCAUCUGUAGCAUGUAUAAAUUGAACCUACUUACAAGCUCAAUAGGGUCCUAAUGCUUGACAUUCACUUUCCAAAGCUUAUUUUACUGACUCAUCUAGUCUGUGAAGGAAGCAUCUCCUACAGCGCUUAUUUGUCUUUGCCUAUGGAAUAAUAGGAGAACACACCCUUCAUAUCACACUAUGCGACUCUCCUUGGUUUGAAAGUUUUUGCAACUAUUGCCCUCCCCAUUGCCCAGUUCAUUAUAUCAGGUUGAUAUAACUUACGUUAUCUUGAAACCUUUGUUCCUCUACCAUCGCAGAAAUUUUCUGUAUAAAAUAAUUAAUUGUCCUCAAUCCUCAUUUUACUCUCAUCUUUCCCGAAACUUUAAAGAUUACCUUACACAUGCAUGUACCAGAUGCGAUCAAUUGCUGUAACAUCUUAAUACGGUUUCCUCUGCAGUUUUCGUCAGUUAGAAUGAUGAAGGUUUGGCGAAUAAUGGAAACCUGGAAUUUAGCUCUUCUUCCAUAUGAAACCACGAAAACUAUUCAUAAUAUUGUUCACAAUGACUUUGAUGCCGUUUUGUCCAAUUUAAUAAGUCGUAAAAGAUGGAGGAGUGAAACGCAGCUCGUUUUCAAUCUCAAAAGGUGUGAACUACUUUUUUUCAUGCUGACUUGGCUACAACGUUAUUGCUUUGUUCAUCAGUCUUUUAUUUGGAUUGGAACUUCACUCAAAAUGCACCGUUGUUACUUGAAAAAGUAGAGUGGGAUUCCCAUGCAUUUAACUUAUAUGGAGAUUAAAUUUCUAAUAUCUCAUCUAUUUACUUCAAGGAGGCUUCAGCUAUGAUUGAGGUUAUGGUCCAGUUUGUGUAUUCCAUGAUUGGGUAUCACCUUAACGAUUACAUAGUAUGCAAUAUUUGCCUGGAACCAUGCUUAUUCUAUUCUUGUCUGAUACUAAUGCGAAUGCCUAGUAGGCCUUUUACCUGAUUUUGUCUAGUAUGUGUCUCCAUUUGGUUGUGGAUGGUAAUGCAAGAGUUGAACACUUGUCUGCAAAAGACCAUUCUUUUAUCUGGCCGUCAUAGAACUGCCAACCGCGGUUUUUGGGCUUGGGUUACAUCUUCUGACCUGAAUAGGUAUGGAAGAGUUGAAAAUUAUUAAUUGGGUCAUGUAAUUUUCGUUUCUUUGGCUUUGACGGUAUAAGUGACUUCAAUGUGAAUUCCGGAAUGUCUUUGAUAGAAACAGAGAGUACCCGAAGGGGAGAGAGAGAGGACUUGAUUCUAACUCUAAUCAAGAGACUUUGGAAUUCAUACCAGAGUCUCAAGGGGUCUAGAUGGGCCGAUAUGGCCCAUACCCAUAUGUCCCGAUAUGGCCAUGACUUGGAUGGGCCUAUACAAUAUUCAACAAUCUUCAGACACUGUUUUGCUUUAAAUCUGCUUGUCACCAUUCUCGGAUUCGAUUGCUUUUUCUUACGUUGAUGAAGAUGUACCUGACAUUAAAUUGUUUUCAACUGUUGGACCUGUUUGUUUUGACUCAAUUCAGUUUCUGUGCUUCCCCAGUUGCUCCUGUUAUCAUUAUGAGUGCAUAACCCCAAAAUCAAUGCGUAGAUUUGAUCUCUAAUGUUAUCAUUUUUUUGGAGUAAAGUUUUAUUACUAUUCUCAAUCUUCACCCCUUUUGUUUUCAUUGUUUGGUCAGCAGCAGCCAAAUGGUGUGGCACUGCUUUUUGUCGACUUUUACUGGCUAGCUGCUUUGAUAUAUUUUUACUUCGAGAUUCGUGGACUUUUAUCUUCAGAAUGAUGAACAAGUCAUGACAUUAGACUGAACUGAACUUGUGACUUUCAAACCCUUAUAUUUUGCCUGGGACCCUCACAAAUUGUAAAAUCUGUUUUACUAAUUUCGAUUGUCGUGUUACCUUUUACUUGGUUUUAAUGUUUUGAAUAUAUUACUGAAAUGGAUUCCUCUUCUUUGCAGCCAGAAGCAUUUGUAAAAGUUCGCCCACGCUGUGAAGCCCCUAGGCGAGAUAUGAUAUAUCCUACAAACUACAUGGCUUGUCGUUAUGUGCGAGUUUCCUGUUUGCGUGGGAACCCAAUAUCUAUAUUUUUUAUGCAGGUGAUCUUUUACAAAAGGUUUUUCCACACGAGUUAAAAGUGGCAUGAUGAAAAUAAAUGCUCACUUCUUACUGUGGGAGGAAAUGGCACUAUUUUCUGCUGAUGAUGUUUUCCCAAAAUUUAACGGAUUGAAUAGGAAUAGUCUGGACUGGUUUAGCACCAAAGACUGCCUUGCUGGUUUGGGCCUGAAGCUAGCCAGAUAAUAUGCUUCUUUUUCAACACCUUUCAAAAACUUUCUUUUUUUUGUUUUGGUACAUGCUCAUCAAGUUGAUGGUGAAUAAACGUCCAAAAAAAAAGGGAAAGGAAAGGGACUCCACUAAAUGCUUGGGGAUAAAAUGAAUCUGUUUGUAUGCAUUCUGUUUACAUGGACGAAUAAAGUGAAUCCGAUAAUGCGUUCUGUUUGUAUGGUUCUCAACAACUGUACUGAAAAGUUCACUUCGUCCAUGUUUUAGUUCACGCAGAAACUCUGAUUUGUUUAAUGUCAAGAUCUCAACCUCAAUCACAUGGAUAAAUGUUGAGGAUGUAUUUUGCCUUCUAUGGACUGACAACUUUUAUAGUAAGAAAUUUCGGUGCUCUUAAACUAUCCGAAAAUUCAGUUAUUCAUGAGACGAGAAAAUUAAAUAAAAAGUCAGAUUGUCUUGACAUGUACAUGCCAAUUGAUGCAGUUACCUAUGGGUGGGAAUUGGCUCCACAUGGAUAGAAUUAAGAACCUAGGAUAUUGAAAUGUGCAUUGCUCGGAUUUUUUAUCUGUCCCUUUGAUGAAUAAUGAUAAAAUGAACAAAAAAGGUGAUUCUGUCUUUAAGCUGAAGUAAUAACUGUUAUCUUUCAUUUUUAGAGAUAAUUUGUUCUCACAAUUUUUUCUUUUGUUACCCCAAUAGUUUAUGCAAUAUGUGCCCUUUUUACUGCAGCUCAUUGGAGUUUCUGUUACUGGACUGGAACCAGAGUUCCAGCCACUUGUUAAUUACUUGUUGCCACAUAUUGCUUCACACAAGCAGGAUGCUCAAGAUGUGCACUUACAGGUAAUCUCUGAUGUUACUUUGACGUUGGCGUUGAAAGUUUUCUUCUUUGCCAUGAUUUUGCCGUGACAUCUAAUGCUUUUUAGUUGAUAGUUGCUCCGAGACAUCACCAACCGGUUGCUAGUAUUUCUUCCUUAUCUCGAGGUAGAGUAAUGACAAUUUCUGUGUGCGGUAGAAAUUAAUUGGAUGCUGGGUGCCUACCUCCUCUCUUUUAUGUGAUGAUGUGUAUACUUUGCGUUUCUUUUUUUUUCAGAUGGAUCUUUCCAACUUUACAGAGGAAUCUGAGUCUACUAUGCGAUUUUUGGCCAUGCUUGCUGGUCCAUUUUAUCCACUUCUACAAGUUGUGAAGGAAAGGUACCUAGUAUUUCAGUAUGAUAGAGUGAAUCGGCAAACAGAUUAUUUCCCCACGUUUUCUGAUAUGAAAUACUUCUGUAUUUUUGUGCGGUUUUACCUCUUUUUGAAUAUAUUUGCAAAAUAUGAUUUCCUCCCUCCUGUGCACAACCAUGCACAAGUCAUAUGAUUUGAAACCAGUGUCUGCAUCUGGUUGAAUUCAUGCAGAUGUGGCCAGGAUUAGGCCAAUUCUGUUGAUUUCAUGGUGAAAAAAUAUGGUAAGAUGAGAUAGCAAAAUGUGAUAUUUUUGUGGGAGCCUUAUCAAUUUAGAUUUCCACAGAGAUGAAAAGGAUCCGUCUUGAUGAAAAUGUUUAAGUGCAUGUUAUUAAUUUAGAUCUCAAAUUAUCUUGUCUUUUAUCCUUGUUAAUUUUGAUGGAUAAUGACCAUAUUGUGAUGCAGCGAAACUUGAGAAGGGGAUGGCUUGGACGAGUUGUGAUCAACUCUAGUGUUGUGGAGGUUGGAGUCACAUCUUGAAUCUUCAAAAAACGUGCUUCAGUGGUUGUCCCUUUACUCUGAAUCCACAGGUUCAAGAGACAGGUUCCUUGAGUCUACAAGGGGAUGAUUCUGAAUCCAUAGAAUCGAAAACAAGGUUCCCUGAGUCUAUAGGGGUGCUGGAGUUCACUUGCAGAGGAAGAGAACUUCAGGAGAAGAAACUCACAAAAUUGUAUUUAUAGAAAAGUAGUAUGCCUCUGGGGUUACAUGGGGUGCCUUUAAAUAGGUUGAAGAGUCUUGAUUUGGUGCCAAGAUUCGAAUUUCAAAUGAAAUCUAAAUUUGAAAUCAAAUUUCAAAUAAAAUUUAAAUUUCAAAAAUAAAAUCUAAAAUGAGAAAUGAAAUUUGAAUUUAAAACGAAAAUUUGAAUUUCGGAUGAAAUCUGAAUUUCAAAUUCAAAUUUAAAUUUCGGAUGAAAUUAAAAAAAUAAUAAAAAUAAAAAUAUGGGCCUAAUUUCGUAAUUGGGCUAGCUGCAACUAAAGUGGGCUUCAAGUUGCAACAGUAAUGGGUUUCAGGUGCAUCAAUAAUGGGUUUUGGUCUUCUUCAGUAGUGAGCUUCAGGCUUUGGGUUGCAUCAUAUUGCUAACCUAAAGAAUGUAGUGCUCUGAAAGUGAAUUGUCUACGGAGACAUUAAUGCUGUCACAACGGUCUACUUAUUUACAUUGACAAGCCAAAUUUUGAUCUCUUUAAGCUUGAAAUUUUCUCUCUUUCUAACCAUAGAGAUUGAUGGAAGCACCAUAAUGUUCUGACGAUUUACAUAGGCCUGGAAUUGAAUUCUUGACUGAGUAACUUAGGGAAAAUGUUGCACUUUGAGCUGACAACUUUGGAACUGAGAUUUCUUGAUAGCUCAUCUGAUGCAAUCUACUUUUAGCCUAGUUCAAGUGGAAUUAUUAGCUCCUAAUCUUGCUGGUUUUAAGUCCCAGGAUGCAGGAAGACACAUAUUGGCCCAAAUUCAGCUCUAGAUGGCCUAAUAAAAUAUUUGGAUUCAUCUUGCGUCAAAGUCUCAAUUUCCACUUUUCUUUUUGUUUCCCUCCUUUGUUUGUUUCAAUUAACAGAAUUGCCUCCCUUUCUUUGGGGUGUUCUGACACAUUUUCUUGGGACGUUCUAACUAGAUUUUAACCUAUUUUAAGGCCCCUAUGUGUAUCUCUACGAAAUAUCCCUCUUCUGAGGUUUUAUUUUGCUGUUAGUAGAUUCCAGCAUCCUCUAGACUCGGGGGAACUAUUUCGAUCCUGUGGACUCAGGAUCAAAUCUUUGUGGAUUCAAGCAUUAAGGUCUCUUCAUUCUGUGCACUCAGGGUGAAAUAUCUUUAGAUAAAUCAAAUUUCUUGUGGAUUCAAGGAUGAGAUUUUAACUCUGUGCAACUCAGACUACGUAAACUCUCUUGAAUCGUUCAUUUUGCAUUUUCUGCUGUGUCAUUAUCUAGCUACCUCUUGAACAUAUGGAAAACCAUUUAUGUUAAUCUUACUAGUUUAUAUACUAUUUUUUCGUUGGCCAUUGGCUUAUCUUUUCUCAUUCCAUCAUAGUUACGACAUCUUCUGAUUACUUUGUUAUGAUUUGUAGUGGAGAGGCACGUUUUUUAUGAUACAUUGUGCUUGGGAAAAAACAUCUUCGGACUUUAUAUAAUCAUUUUGCGGGCUUGAAUAUAUGGCUGUUUAAUCACAAUAUUUUCUAGACCUUCCAGUUAUGUAGGAAAUUCCAAGCAGUAUUUUAAGAAUUGAUCUGACAUAAGGUUAAACCUGUCUGACCUCAUCAUUGUUUGACCCUUGCUUGCACCUGGGGCUGCUAGUAGAUAGUCUUCUCCACAACAGAAGAUGGGGUCACUGCUGCUAGUCCUGAGAAACCACCAUUGUUAAUGAGUCGGAUCGGAACUUCGGUCUGCAAGCAGCAUUUUAAUGCAAAUUUUCCAAUUUUUGCUUUUGGAGUUGACUGUUUGAUUGGGCAAAACAGUCUGUCCGGUUGAAGGAAACCAGAUGGGUGAAAAGUUGCAUCUAUAGUCGAUAAAAAAUUAAAACUGACAUAAAAUUUUCCAUUUUGAAUGAAAUGAAAGAACUACUUAAGCUCCCUACUCUCCCACCCCCUGACACUGUUAUGGGCAUUUUUUGGGGGGAGAAAAAGUGUUAGCAGGCUGCUAGCUGCAGUAAGUAUAGUGUAUCAGUGCCAUAUAUUGGGAUUUGCUGUUGCUCUUUCUUUUUCUUUUCUCUUGUUCUUUCUCUCCCUCUGUCAGAGGAUAUCGGUUCUUCUUCUUCCUUCUUCUCCCCUUGCUUCACAUGGACGUAACAAGUUACCUUCUUUAGGCCUUUCAUACUGCAGACAAGCUCACAUUUAGUUUUAUAUUACUAAGGACUUCGGAGUUCCUAAUGCCUGUGCACAGUGGAGGUCUGUUUUGUCUUUUCCUAUUCACUGCUACAGCCUUCCACGGGAAGAAGUAUCCUGAUCUGUGCUAUUCUUCUUUAUCCUCUUGUAUGUAAACAUGUUUCCGGAUUCUCUAACAUUUUUCGGUAUCUGGUCGUUUCUCUUUUAAACCUUUCGUAUUCCUUAUCCUGUGUGCAUUGUAUUUAUUUCAUAACUCUUAUUGUUCACUUCGUAUUAUGUUUACUAGAGUUUUGUUUUUAUGGGAUCAACAGAGAAGCUGCAAGGACAUUAUUAAGCAGUCCUGAUUCUGAAGUGAGAAUUAAUCAAGCUCCCUCUUUUACUGUUUCAUCUAAUUUUGAGGUAUACGCUUUUUAUAUACAUUUGUGUACAUCAAGUUAUUUUUUUCUCAAGAAAUACAAUAACAAUGUAAUUUUGACAUAUAUAGCCUUGUUCGUGAUCAUUCCUAGUGCCAGACAGAAUUUAUUUGAAAUUACUUCUGCAUAUGAUUUUUCAAUGGUGUGAUGGCCAGUUUUGUAAUGCGAUAUAUCUAGUUUUUACAAAAUCAUUAUUUUUCUGAGGGAUUUGUAUUCAUGUAUUUGUCCGUUGCACUGUUAAUUUCAUUUUUCAUAGUAAAAAUAUUAUUCCUUAAGAUCUUAUGGGAAUUUAAGACAUGAGUUUUGUGUGACAAGAUUACCUUCUAAUGCUGUCAAUGACACAUGUGAGAUUGGCUGACUGGUAGAUGCCUUUUUCCUUUUUCCUUUUUCCUUUUUUAAAUUUCAAAGGGGAACUAAUUUCCCUCUUUGGAUAAUUGUGGAGGAGAUCUCUGACAUGGCUUGGCCAAUCUGGAGGAUGAUUAUUGAGAAGAUUGAUGAAGUAUAUCUUGACAAGUUUCUAAUAAUGAGGUUUCAGGAAGGAGUACUUUGCUGUGUUGGAAUAUAAGGUCAAGAUAAUACUUUAAGAUUGCAAUGUGUUUCUGGGCAAAAAUCCCAAGAAAAUAUUCUGCUUUAUGGAACGUUCUUCCUAUUUUAUGGAUGUUUUAGGGUAGGCUUUCUGAGGUUUCAAUAAUUGACAAGGUAUCUCAGAGUCACUUUUGUUGACUUAAAUAUAAAGUCUAGGUUCAGAUGUCGGCUCCACCUGUGGCCAUUUCUAUUGUGGCAGAAUAUUUGGUAGAAUUCCUAAUCUGUGUGCCACUUUGGAAUUUCCUGUUGUCUGGACGUUUAUCUUACAGUGGAUUUCCCCACUAGGGCCAAAUUUGGUCAUCAUUUAUCCCAAAAUGGGCAGUCAAGUGGCAUGAAGUAAUGCCAGUAAUCUAAAUGGGGCUACCGAAUGGUGGCUUGAGAGGGCUUGAAUUUAGGUUAACUACAGAAGGGCCUUCAGCUUCAGUAGUUUAUCUCGUUUUAAUGGUAUCUGUGGGAAAAACGUGCAAUUUGGGGUUACUUUCUGUUGGGCAGUUUUCCUAGUUUGUUGGUUUCCUAGUUGGCCAAUUUCCUUUUUUGUGACCAGAGAAAACCUUACAGGGUGAUUAAAACCAAAUGUCUUGAGGAUGCAACUGUUUUGAAGGAUUUCAUUGAGCCUGAUAGUUCAUGAUUUUCCUGUUGGGUUUUUCCUUUCUAUCUGUUUCUCUUCACUGUAUUUUCGUCCUUCUCUAUCAUUCCCUAUGUUAAGUGGAUCCAUUAGACUGUUAACAGAUCCACUUAAAGACUAAUGUAAUGGGCCUGGCCCAUUAACUCAUGUAACCUGUACUUAAGCGGGAAACCAAGAUAAUUGAUGUCAGAUUUUGGGAUUGUGGAAACUUUGCUCCAAGAAGUGGUGACUGAUUCAUCUUCCUGGAAGAGGAGGAUCGUGAAGAUCAACUCCUUUCAUUCUCCAAGUUGCAAGAAUCUCAAUCAAGAUCAAUUCUCAACAAUAUCCUGUGCAAGCCGGAGGGCACUACUUUAAUGAGAUAAUGGCAUUGCUUUUAGGAGUGGAAAGUAGAUUAGGCUUGAUGCUCUAACCACGAAGCCCAUAAAACUCGGCUAUGGUGGCUUCAGGUGGCAAUAAUUCAGCCACAAACGUCGAGAGGGCACAAGUUGCUGAGAAUGACCAUAAGAAUAGCCUAUGGUCCAGUUACUUCACUUAGCUCCUAGAGGCUUCAUGUAAAGUCUCUUAGUUAAGGAAAAGGACAAAAAAGAGAGUAGACAAGGAACAAUGGUCAAGCUUAUUUCAUGCCAGUAGUGCAGAAUGAAGUAGCACCAAAGGAGUAGGUGGUCUUGACUAAGAGUUCAAGAGGGUGAGAUAUUUUAUUGACAAGCUUUAUGAACUCACAGGUUUUUGUUCAUUGGUUUAUUCAAGUUUCCAUCCUCUAUUGAAUUAAUGUCUCAAGUACAAACUUUGGCUACUCCUGCAUAUUGGAUUCAGGAGCUAGUGACCAUAUGACCCGCUCACCAAAUGUCUUUUCUACAUACUCUCCUCGUCCAAGCAGUAGGAAAAUGGUAAUAGCUAAUGGUUCGUUGACUACUGUAGCAGGUGUAGGAAAUGUUAAAAUAAAGCCUUCACUGACUUUAAAAAGUAUUCAUGUCCCUAGGUUGUCCAUGAACCUUGUGUCUAUCCAACAUUUUACUCAAGAUUUGCAUUGCAAAGUGGGUUUUCAUCAUGGCCAUUGUGUAUUUUAUGACAUUGGGGAGGAUGAUUGGACAUGCUAAAAAACGAGACAGACUCCACUAACUUCAAGUGCUGAGUUAGUCAAACAUUGCAAAGGCCAAGUUACCUUACUCUCUUGGGUUUUGUUCAUCUAGUAUGUAGAGUCUGGUUUCACCACCACUGACUUGGACAUCUGUCAUGAAGGGUUAUUAGAAUUUUUUUUGUCUUUAUUUCAAGGCCUAAGUGUUGAAGUUUUUCGUUGUGACAUUUGUGAACUUGCUAAACAUAGGUGUGUAUCUUUUCCAAUUCGUAACAAAAGUUCUAUUCCUUUCUUAUUCAUAGUGAUAUUUUGGGGUCAUGUUGUUCUUGAUGUUUCUAGGGGUAGAUGGUUUGUGUCAUUCCUUGACGAUUGCCUCAUGUUACUUGGAUUUUUUCUGUGCAAACAAGAGAUCUGAUGUUAGUAGCAUUCUCCCAAAUUUUUGUUCCACAAAAUCAGUUUGGGGUCAAUGCCAAAAGGUUUAUAUCAGAUAAUGCUAAGGACUAUUUCAAUCAAAUCCUAACUCUAUAAUUUCAAAAAGAGGGGAUAGUACAUGAAUCAUUACAGCACAACCUCAUAGGUCCGUCCUUGUUAGUUUAAACACCAUUGCCAUCCCUACCUCCUUGUCUCACGGUUAAUUCAAUAAGGACUGGAAACAAGCUAUGAAUGUGGAGAUAGAGGCAUUAGAGAAGAACAAAACCUGGGAGUUAGUUAGAUUGGCAAUGGGAAAGUGACAUGUCAGGUGUAAAUGGGUCUAUACAGUGAAGUAAUAAGGAUACAUAUCAAACCAAUGGAUCUAUAUAGAGAUAAAAGGCUUGCUUGGUUGCCAAGUACUAUACUUCUAUGGAAUUGACUACUUAGAGAUGCUAGUUUUGGUUGCAAAGGUGAAUACUGUUAGAAUCUAUUGUCAUUGAAAGUUAAUUAUGGCUGAGAAUUAUACCAGUUUGAUGUUAACAAUAUAUUUUUGCAUGAUGAACCAGAGGAAGAAAUUUAAAUUGAGGUCCCACCGAGUUAUGGGAAGAAUUUGGUAGCUCAUAUGGCGUGUAGUUUAAAGAGAGCAUUGUAUGAACUCGCCUAUGGCAUUAUUUGAGAUUUGCAAGAGUUAUAUAUUGCCAUAAGGGUACAACCAAAACCACAGGGUUCACAUGCUGUCCACUAAACAAUCAUCAUUAGGGGCAGUCACAACACACUUGGUAUACAAUGAUGACAUAAUAAUGACCAAGAAUAGAGAUAUAGAGAUACAGUGUCUGAGUCAAUGUUUGGCUAAGCAGUUUGAGAUUUGAGCAUUAUGGAAGUUGAAAUAUUUUCUUGGGAUUGAUGUUGCUCAAUCUAGGCAGGGCAUUUUCAUCUCCCAACAGAAGUGUGUUAUGUAUCUUCUUAGUGGACAAGAAAGAUUCCAUGCAGACCAACAACUAUCCAUAUAGAUCCAGAUCUUAGACUUGGAAAUGUAGAAGAUGUUGUGGUAGAUAGGGAAAUGCAUCAACACCUAGUAGGAAAGGCUCUUACACAGUCAGAUAUAUCAUACGUGAUGAGUUUGAUUAGUCAGCUCAUGCACAAUCCAAAAGAAGUUUAUCUACAUGCAGUUUACUGAGUGCUACAAUAUCUCAAAUGGACUGUGAAAAGGUAUUCUACUCAAGACAAAUGGAGUGUUGGUACUUGAGAUAGGUGCCGAUUAUGUGGGGUCCAUUUUUGACAGUAGAUCAACUUCUUGAUGUUGUAUGUUUGUGGGUGGCCAUGUCGUUACGUGGAGAAGAAACAUGAUCUUGUAGCACAGUCUAGUGUAGAGGCUGAAUUCCAUGCAAUGGCUUUAGGUCCAUGUGAACUAGAAUUACUUUGGUUGAAGAUCAUCUUAGAAGUCUUGAAGAUUAAGUGGGAUGGCUCAUGAGACUUGAAAUAACAAGUCUACGACUAACAUCUCUCACAGCCUAAUAUUACAUGAUCAAACGAAUCAAAUUGAGAUUGAGAGACAAUCAUGGAGAAGUUGGAGAGCAGAUUGAUUUAUACACCUUAUGUGUCUACCCAUGACCAUCUCGACGAUGUACUUGCUAAGGGAUUAAAUAGUUGAGUAUUUCAGAAUAUUUUUCCAAAGUUGGAAAUUGGAGAAUGCCUUUCCUCGUGGAACAGUUUCCUAGUUGGUCAAUUUCCUUAUCCUAGGCAGUUUCUUUUUUGUGGCCAGGUAAUUGCAUAUAAAUCGCAGUUGCUCUAUGAUUCGAAAAGAAGAGUUCCUGACUGUUUAUCUUAGCAUGGCUUGCAUCAGUAUCAUUUACUAACCAUUGUAUUAGUGGAUUCUUGUACCAAAUGAUGUAGUUAACACUGAUUGCGAUAAGUGUAAAGGAUAUAUAUUCUCUUAGUGAAUCUCAAAGCGUCUUUUAAAACGUCCAAGUUAAUUCGUUCUUUCACGAUAACUUUCCAAAUGGAAAACUAUCAAAAUUUCUCAACAUUCCAAAAGGUAUUGAUAACUGAUGGGAUUGAAAGUAUGUGCAGUAAUAGGGAGAGUAUACUUCAAAGCGGAAGAGUUGAUUUCUUGAAAAAAUUUGGGUGUUGAAUCUCAUGCUGAAGUUUGUUCGUUAUCCCUUCUAGAUAUGAGAUGAAGGCAGUCAUGUAGAGAUCAACUUGGAGAGAUAGAGAGGAAGACAAUUAAUUGGAAUUAGUGAGUUAUGUGUUGACUUAAGUAGAGACAUCUAAUUGUACUAUGCUUACCUAUUUAAUCUCUCAAUUUAGUUCGGGUAAUGAGACGGUAGUAACAAAAAAAGUGGGAGAAAAAAGAAUAUUUUUUUGUAUGUAAAUAGUAUUUAUUUCCCUUUACUAUUUGGAAACACAAGAAUCCUUAUGCAUUACUGCUGUGGCAGUGUUACUACUGUGUCAAAUGGAACUCUGAUUGGUCUUCCUACAUCACCAUUUGCUUUUCAGGUUCAGUCUAGGCGAUCACGCAGCUUAACUCCUUUCCAACCUGUAUCAUGCUCCAUCGUUUUUCGUCCUGAUGUUGCAUUUAUGCUUCUGCGGAAGGCAUAUAAAGAUCCUCAUCUUGGUUUUGUUUGUCGACUUGUAUGUAUGAUUGUCUUUACUUGAUGGGAUUUGGUCUUACACUUUUUUCUAUGAAAGUUUUACAGAAUUUACAAAUGGACUUUAAUGGAAUUCAGGCUUCAAGAUCACUACAAAAACUUGUGGUGCCUACAUCCUCUGAAGAAGUCUUCAUUCCUGUUAGUGAUUCCACAUCUUCGUUACCUGAUGAGACGGCCAAAUCUGAAGCACCUAGUCACUAUUUAAGUGAUUACUCAAAACUAUUUGGGGAGGAAUUCCAAAUAUCUGAUGACCACUGGGAGGUUUCUUUAAUAAAUCUUCUGGAUAUAACUUCAGUUGAAGAAGGUGUUUUUCAUAUGCUUUGUGCUUGUGCAGCACAGGUACUUUUUUAAGUCUUGUAUUGAUUUUCACAAUUAUCUUGUGCUCUGAGUAGUCAGUUAUUUGGUUCUGGUGAUUUAUUUGUUGAUGUCACUAUUAUGCAGCCACUGUUAUGCUGCAAACUAGCUGAAAGCAGUGUGGACUUCUUAUCUAUUUUACCACUAGUGCAAGCAUUGCUCCCAGGUUAUGAAUUGCCUGCUUUGGUUUUCUUGGACCGUAUAUAUAAGCUCUGAAAUAAAUUUCAAUGUCAUAAUUUUUCUCUUUUACAGCUCUUCGCCCCCCAUUUGGUACUCUCCAAGAUCUUGUUCAUGAUGGUUUCUCCCAAUGGAAUCAUCCUCUUGUGCUGUGUGCACUGUCCCAGGUUCGCCUAAUCUUUUCUGGUAAUGUGAAAUUAAUUUUGGUGUCCUGGCAUUAACGAUAACUCUGUUGCUUCGACUGUAACUACAGAUAGUUGCCAUGUCAUCUUCCCCAGCUUACUAUCCUCUUCUUCAUGCUUCUGCGGGUUACUUGUCAUCAUUCUCAGUGUCACAGGUCUGCGAAUCGGGUUUCAGUAUUUCCUGAUAUUACAUUAAACUAACUUGUGUUCUUUUAGCAUUUGAUCUUUCUUUCAGAUAUCUGUAUUUAAUAUAACAGGCAGUUGCGUUUAUUUAUGCUUGUUCCUUUUCUUUUUCGGUAUAUUCUUGCUAAAUUUAUUUAGUCGUCUGUGAAAUUGGUUAGGUUAACAUAACAGAUUCAUUGGCUCAUCUUUGAACUUUAUUACCAGGCAAAAGCAGCGUGCGUCAUGAUUGAUCUGUGCUCUGGUGCCCUUGCUCCAUGGUUACCAAUGGUGACAGCUAAGGUUGCCCCCCCUUCACAAACACACGGAAAGUGUACUACCAUCGAAGAUGCAUACAUAGUCUUGCCUGGAAUCUUUCUCAAUUCAUUUUGAAUGUUUUCAAUAUUGUAGGUAGAUCUAGCAAUCGAACUUAUUGAAGAUCUAUUGGGGGUGAUUCAGGUUUGAUGGCUAUUUUCUUCUUUAGUUUCAAGUUAUAAGAUGUUCUUUUCCUUAUUUUGUUGUAGACAAGCCUAAUUUUGUCUUUUCUGAUUAUGUUCUUACUGUAAUAUUACUUGUAAUUAAUGUUCAACGACCUAGUGUUUUGAUCCUUUUCUCUGAUAACUGAUUCAAGUUAUUAGGACUGCCUUGAGUUGUAAGAAAGGUCAAUUUGGGUUGUCUCGAGUUCCAAUAAACAUUCCGGGGCUAGUACAGUUUCAUUAACCAUGCUGAAGGCUACUUUGGGCUCAAACUCAGGUGACUUAUGGCUGGACCAGGGUGUCUCGAAUUACCUUUACGAUAAGCAUAGAUCUCUAUGUACAGAUGCUCUUUGUGGAUUUUACAAGCAUCAAUUCAUGCCAAUAUCUACUACAGUAAUGCUACUAAACGUAUAUAAACCAUGAAUACAGAUGCAAUGUGAGAAUGUAAAAUACAUAUUACAGUGAUAGAGAUAUCUGGGUUGGAGAGUUGUAGUUUUGCGAGUAGGCUGGGGUUGGUGCCAAUGCACCCAAACCAAAGUUCAGAUUCUGGCUCUCAAUUGCUGGUCCUGACAUUCUUAAGUUGAGAUGGUUGAACAAAUCAUGAUUAUUUGGGUUGUUGCCCCUGGUUCGAUUUCCAAUCCUAAUAAUACAACAGAUUUUGUUAUUUCUAUUUUCCAAAUCUUCUUUUUAACUGUGAUCUCAUUUAUCUUUAAUGCGUUAGAUUGAUUAUCUUAUCUAGAUUGAUGUUGAAGCAUUUUUGUAGGAUGGUCGACAGUAUUCGUUUACCUCUUUGGUGAUUGGUACACUGUUAUGGUGUUUCUCUUUAGAGAGAAAUAGUUUGAGCAAAAAUAACUUCAGAAAAAUGGGAUGAAAAAAAAGAGAGUGAGAAAGAAGUAUCUCAUGGUUUAUGCCGUCAAUCAUUGUUGUUGUAAUAAAAAAGAGGAACAAAAUAUACAUUAGAGGAAAGUGUCCUCAUUGGAUCUUCGUCUGAUUGUCCUGAUUUCAGCUCUUCAAUAAUGGAAAAAUUCAGUUUUGCAUUCAGCUUGCUUGUAUAGGUUUAUCUUUAUUCUUUGUAUGGUCUGGAAAGAGUUACAUGCGAUAUACCUUGGAACUAAAGGUGGGAAUGUCUCAUCAAAUUGCUUAAUUCAUGCACAUGCAUCCUGUAGAAGCAUUCUUUGCCAUGGUUGAGCUGGGUUCAUUCUUAGUCUGGGUGGGAUCUGCAUUGGAUCGAAACAAUUAAAUAUUGGAUCCUAAAAAACGUUUAUAUGCUCUCAGAGCACAUCUGAGCUGUCCAAUAUUUCUGCAUUGAUCUCAGGUGAGCACAUCUAUAGUGUUUGAUGAUUUCAUGUAGUGCAUACUGAUUUCAAAUUGGACAAACCACUGUUCGCUAUAUUUUAUUCUGAUUCCAAGUUUAAGUUCUGUGACCAGCCGUCCGAAACUCCAUGGAGUCCUUUUGGUAGGGCGGUGAAGACCACUUUCCAUUGUAAAUAAUUCACAACGAGUGUGUAAUCAUUCACUUCUUAUAAACGUUAUUCAGGUUGUGGAUGCCAUAGGUUCAGGUGCGAGAACACAAAAAGGGAAAACUAAUCACAUGGUACUACACCAAGGUGAUUUCCUAGGCUGACAAGGAAGUGGUAACUUCCUGUAUUUUUUGUCAGAUAAAGUAGCGUUUUCGGGUAACUAUAAAAAUCGGUCAGAUCAUGCAGGUGAUGGAAGUGAGUAGGGUUGAGGAAAGAAUGUUGGCUUUUCCAUUGUUGUAGGAAUAUCAGCAAGCCAAAAGUUUUGGUUCAUCGACCUUUUUUUUUUUGUUUUUCUCUUUUCAGUUCUGGAAAGUUUUAUCUCGAACAUAAGCAUCCACGGUGUUGGAUACACGAAAAGAUAAACGAGAGGUGCAAAUAAUGCUUUGCUUCCAUUCACUGGAUUACUUAUUGGUCUAUCUAUGCCACUGGUAAUGUUCAGAGAUAUAGCUGCUUCAAUGAACAUUUUUUUUGUUUUCUAUAGGAUGGAUUCGACUUUGUUGGGUUCAUAAUUGGGGAAGUGAUCGUGAUACUAGUACAGGAACUUUGAGUUUAAAGAUGAACUUGAUAGCUGGUUGGGCAAUUAGUUAUUUAGUUAGUUAAUUAAUAAAUUAUAUUUAUGAAGGGAGCUGAAUUGGUCGCCAUUCAUGAAUUCCCGGUCAAAUGUGAGGCCAUUUGCAAAUAGCUGGGAGCACGCAAGCUGCCGUGUUUCUCAUUAUGUGAGCAACCAUUCACGAAUGUCUGCUCACUGGGGUGCGUCAUACAUUGUCUUGUUAGUAGCACUUUGAAUUGAAACGUCUAAUGUGCCUUUUGCCAGGGAACUGAAGAUGAAUACUGUAGAAUCAAGAUGGUUCAUGUGACUUGUACAGGAGGGGGGCUGUAUGCGUUUUUCAGAUUGAGAAAAAUUAUGACUUUUUCAUCAUGAAGUUUUAAACUGCAAAUAAAAACAAGAAGGGAAAGAAAUUACUGGGUUGAUUGUUGCAUUGAAGAUAAAGGCGGUUGUAUAUUAAUUCUUUUACCUGUUUUAUGGUCUCCUAAUAUAGGUGUCUCUUUGUUGACUUUAAAAUAAUAGAUCCUUUAUUUGUGUUGAUUUUUAUUUGGUCGUGAGAAAUAAACGCAGGUGCAAUUUUUAAGCAUUAUUUCAUCAUCUUUUCUUGAUAAGAGUUUUCCCAACUUGUAAUUCAGCUCCUUUAUUCUCAGGGUGGUUCUGAAUCAAUUGUUCAUUUUCGAUCUGCUUUGAAGUACAUUAUAUUGGCUUUGUCUGGGUAUGUGGAUGAUAUUCUAGCGAAAUAUAAGGUCAGUCUAUAUACUGUGUUAACUGGAAUGUGUUGUUUGAUAUGCCAUCCAUAUUUAUCUUUGUGAAGUGACCCUGUUUCGUUUCUCUGCGCUACUUACUAUUUGCAGGAAGUUAAGCAUAAAGUGCUUUUUUUGGUAGAAAUGCUUGAAGAUUUCCUUGAACCAGUUAUGAGCAUUGUGAAAGGUACGAUUGCAUUCAGAGAUGCCUCAACGACAUUUUCAGCAAAGCAGGAGGAACGUUGUGGAAUGGCUCUCAAUAUUAUUCGUACUGCUGUACAAAAGCCUACUGUCCUUCCAUCUCUGGAGCGUGAAUGGAGGCGAGGAUCUGUUGCUCCAAGGUGACUGCGAUAAAUGGAACUCCCCCUUGUCUUUUUCGGUUUUAUCAGCGUAAGAAUAACAUGUGCAUCUAUUUUAAUGCAGUGUUAUUCUUUAUACAUUGGGCCCAAACAUUCCACUGCCUCCAGAGAUUGACAAGUGUAAACCCUCAUCUUCUAAAACGAUUGAGAGGGAACCUCUACCUACUUCUAAUGAUUAUGUCCAUGCGACCUCUUCAAAACCAAUAAAUGUUGAUGAUUCAGAUGGGAAGAUUGACUUGUUAGAAAUUUCUAUGAAGGUAGAUAUGCUUGACGAUGCCAAUCUCCUGUUUGCACCACCUGAAUUGAAAAAUACUUCAUUAAUGAAAAUUUCCAACCUUGUCAAGGGUGGUAGUCUAGAUAAAAUCAGUGCAGAUCCUAUUGAUUCCGCGAAAGAUGAUAAGCAUCAGAACAAGAGAAUGUCAGAUGAACAGUUUAGAGAUGACUUUAUUUUUGAUAAUGGUUUGUCUGCACAAUAUCUCAAUUUACAAGCAAAUUAUCUGCAACUCGUUUACUAUGAAGAUUGUAAGUCCAGAGCAUCAGAAUUUCGGCAGUUGGCACUUGAUCUGCAUUCACAGGUUGAGAUCACUCCUGAAAGUCAUGAUGCAGCAAUUGACGCUCUGCUGUUAGCUGCAGAAUGCUAUGUCAAUCCCUUUUUUAUAAUGUCGUUGUCAAGACCAAAACAUCUGUGUAAUUUAUAUGGUAUAGGUUCCGGAAAACAUAAGAAAAAUGAUGGCAUGGAACUGAGAAGUAUUUGCCCAAAAAGUACUCAUGAUCUGGAAACCAUUGAUCGUCUUGAAAGAACAAGAGACAAAACUGUCCUGGAGAUACUUCUCCAGGCAGCUAAAUUGGACUGGGAGUAUAACCGGAAAGUAUCCCAUAAUACAGAGCCAAGGUACGACACUGAAGAGUGCUGUCAAUAUGAUAACAUUUCUUUAGUUGAUAUGCAGCAUGCUGAUUCAAUCACCCUCGUCCGCCAAAAUCAGGCUUUGCUUUGCCAGUUUGUAAUGCGAUAUCUACAAAAGGAUCAACUCAACUUGCAUGAAAUUCUUUUACAAAGCUUACUUUUUAUUUUGCAAUAUGCAACAGAAUUAUUUUCUCUUCCUGAAGAUGUGAUUGAUGUCAUAUUGCGAUCUGCUGAACAUCUUAAUGGUGUUCUUACUUCUCAUCGUCCGCUAAAUGGAGGAACCUUGCAGUUGUCUCCGGCAAAGUUGCAUGCAGUUCAACGCCAUUGUUUGCUUCUUCAAAAAUUGGUUAUUGCCUCUUUGGGUGUUGAUGAUGAAAUGGACUCUGCGGGUAUUUCCAGAAAUGGCUUUCAGUACAGGAGUUUGGUUCCACCAACAUGCUGGAUACAAAAAAUACCAAUAUUUUCCUCGUGUCCUUUUCCACUAGCACGGUUCCUAGGUUGGAUGGCUGUUUCACAUCUGGCAAAGAAAUAUUUGAGUGACCAGUUAUUUCUUACCUUUGAUCUAUCACAUCUUACAUCAUUGUUAUCAGUUUUUGCCGAUGACCUUGCACUCACAGAGGAUCUAGGUGUCAACAAGACCUUGGUUUCAACGCUGCAGCAGACUGGAGCUCAACAAAAUCUUCAGUCUGAUAAAGACUUUGGGUCCUCUGAUCCUUCAAAUGAUCAUAAUUUAUUUCGUAUUGUUCAUCCUGAUCUUUACAGAUUCUUUCCUAUGAUGAAGAAUCAAUUUCUGACCUUUGGGGAUACAAUUUUACGAGCUGUUUGCCUGCGGUUAAAUUCUUUGCCUUCUGCCGCUGUUCCAGAUAUCCUAUGCUGGUUUUCUGAUCUCUGUACAUCACCAUUACUUGGAAAUGGAAAGGAUCUAGUUUUGACUACCAACCCACCUGAUCGUUCAAGAAGGUUACCUGGUACGAAUGUUAAAGCAAUUAUUCCUUGUGUACUGGAAGCAAUAAUUUCGAAACAUUUGGAAGCUAUGCUGCCUGAGAUGCCUAGGGUAACACAAACGUUGAUAUCAUUAUGCAGAUCCUCUUUCUGCGAUGUUAGUUUUCUUGAUGUCGUGUUUGCACUAUUAAAGCCGCUUAUUUCAUAUGCCUUAAGAAAGUUCGAACAAGAUGAGCCAGUGUUGAGGGACGAACAUUCUUCAAAUGAUCUUGAAUCGUUAUGUUUUGAAGAAAUUUUUAGUUUUAUAAAAUGCAAAAUUGAGAAUAAUUCUGUCACUGGGAAAACGUCUUACAAUGGAUCACGGGUGAUUUUCAUUUUGGGCGGUCUUUACCCUGACCUAUCAUUUCGGAGGAAAAAAGAGAUUUUACUGUCCUUGUUAGAAUGGACAGAUUUUACCACUUUGGAACCGACAACAUCUUUUUAUGAUUAUCUCCUGGCGUUUCAGUGUGUCAUAGAUAGCUGCGCUAUGUCACUUGCUCAGUCUUUAGAAAAUAUUGGCAUUUUCAUUCCCAUUCAGAAAGGUAAAGAAGAAGCAAAUACAAGCUCUGCUGUUCAGCUUGUGGAUGCUGAUGGUCAUGAUUCUUUACUGACAACGAACGUCGAAAUAGCAGGUAGCAUUGGUCUUUUGAGCAUAAGGCCAUUAUCCUUGGUUGAAGUUGAAGAAUUUUCCAAUGUAUUAGAAAGCUUGGUUCGAAAACUUUGCCCUGCAAUUGAAGCCUGCUGGGGCCUCCAUUUUAAACUUGCGACAAAGCUCACUGUUUCAACAACGAAAUGCCUCCUGUUCUUGGGAUGUUUGACUUUGUCUUCUCAUUCUGUCACUGACAGCAAAGAGGGGGAGAUUGAGGAUGUUCUUCAAUGUGGAUCAGGUGACUAUACUUCAAAGAAUUGGGUAGCUUCUCUUGAAGGACUCACAGAGGCUAUUUUGAUGAAUCAGCGAAACCAUUGCUGGCAAGUUGCAUCUUGUAUGCUUGAUUAUGUAUUUCAGUUGCCUCUGAACUUUUCAGACACCAGCGUGAUUCAUAUAUGCUCUGUGAUGAAGAGUUUCUGCUCUCUUGCUCCCAGAAUUUCAUGGCGUUUGCAAACUGAUAAAUGGCUUUUAUCGUUAAUCAAGAGGGACAUCAGCAAUCUUGGUGCACAUGACCAUCUGAUAGAUGUGUUCUGUUCAAUGUUAGGCCACUGGGAACCAGAGCAGCGAUAUAUUGCAUUGAGGCAUCUUGGAAGACUUGUGGGCCUGGAUGUGAAUGAUGGAGUGCCGACUCUAACAGUUCAAAUUGGUGCAGUCACAUUUAACCUGGUUAAAUCUGCUCAUGACUCGAUUUUGUCCAAAGUAAUUUCAGGCACAUGGGACAGAGUUGCAUCAGUGGCAUCGUCUGACCCUUCAAUGCAGCUGAGAGCUCAUGCAAUGGCUUUACUAUCUGGCUUUGUACCAUUCACCGAGCAAAGUCGAUUGCAGUCAUUUCUUGCGGCAGUUCAUACCCUUCCUGGCUUGGGACGACGUGGAUAUACAACUCAUGAGGUUCCUUUCACGAGGCUUUCAAUAGGCCUGCUUGCAAGCGCAUGUCUAUAUUCUUCUUUUGAUGAUGUAUCUUUGAUAUCUGAUGAUGUUUGGCAAAAAUUGGAGUAUAUAACAAUGUCAAAAACAGGUACAUUAAUCAGUCUUUUCAGUUUUCUUGGAAAACUGUCCACACAGAUGUGCUGUUUUAGAAAAAACAAUGAUUUGCAUAGCUCUUAAGUUAUCAAAAAGUUAAAAUUUGUUAGAUUGUGAUGUUGAUAUCCUUUUUGUAGGAUUUGAUGCCAUGGAGAAGAGUGUGAGCGAAGCUCUAUGCAAACUUAGAACUGAGUUCAAUGAUGCAAAGGAGGUCUAUUUUUUUCUUUCAUCUAUAUAUAUGUUAGCUAUCUAGAUCCAUGUAUUUUUUUCAUUCUUCUUCUAGAAUUAAAUGUUGUUAUUGAUCUGAGUUGUGACAAAGUUAUGAGCCUUUGAGUGGGAUAAUGUUGAGUAAUGUUAUUUGUUUCCUUUACCCGCAAAACUGACUUGCUUUCGGCUUACAAGGUUCUCAAAGGAGUUCUUUCCUCAAGUUCAAGUCCGAAACACAGUGACCCGGCCUUCAACACCAUGCGAGAGUCUAUUCUUCAGGUUUCUUAUUUGGAAUCCUUCACAAUUAUUAACAGCUUCUUUGGUGGGUCGUUGCUUCAAAUCUUGAGAGUAGUCUGCUAUGACUGUGUGAACUAUGGAUUUAUUUUAUUUUCUUUCACUCGUGAUUUUUACUUUGAACAGUCUCAUUACUGUCAUUUCCAUGCUCCAAGACAGUCAGGCCAAAAUGUCUAGAAUGCUGCGAAUUCGUAUAUUUAUCUGAUAUCAAAAGCAUUGUGUUAGCGUCACAAAAACGUUUCCUACUAAUUCGAAUUCUGUGCAUUUAUCCAUCUAUUGAUUUGUUUAUACUUGACCGUUUUUACAUUGGAUUCCAAUAAUAUAAGGGACUUGCCUUUUGGAAUUCAAAUUUAUGUAGACAUACUGCGUAAAAGGCUUAGCUACUGCCGAUGAUAGGAAGAAUUGGAAAUCCGAGCAAUUUUUUUGAUAUGUGAAUGUAACUGCUUUUGAUUCCUGUUACGAGAUACAGCAGAAGCAAGAAAACUGACUUAGCCCUUCUCAGGGCAGUACGCCAGUAUUUAUAUAUUGGUGUCUAAUAAACCUUUCCAGUAUUAUGGAAAGGUCUAAUAACAGAACACGAAAAAGAAAAUACAUCUAUUAAUAGGAAAGAAAGGAAAAAUAGAAGGAAGGCUAAUAUAGCAAAAAACUUGUUCUGCGUAACACUCCCCUUCAAGCUGGUGCUUGGAUAUCAUUCAUGCCCAGCUUGCUCCUUUGUUUGCAGAACUCUGUUGCAGAACUGCCCUUAGUUAAUAUAUCAGCCAACUGGUUUGUAGAUGAGACAUAUUCUGUGGAAAACAUUCCUGAUUCAAGUUUCUCUUUAAUAAAAUGUUUGUCUACUUCAAUGUGUUUGGUCUUGUUAUGCUGAAUAGGAUCAUAUGUAAUACUUAUUGCGGACUGAUUGUUACAGAAUAAGGUAAUCGAACCUUCCAUGUAAGUCAUUUAGUAUAUUUUUUUAUCCAAAUGCCUUCACAAAUCCCAAGGGCCAUAGCCCGAAAUUUUGCUUCAGCACUUGAUCGAGCCACAACUCUCUGUUUUUGGCUUCGCCAAGUGACCAAAUUUCCUCCAAUGAGACAACAAUAGCCAGUAGUAGAACGCCUAUCAUCAACUGAACCAGCAUAAUCAACAUCGGUAUAGAUGCCUAUUGUAAGAGAAUCUCUCCUUUUAAAUAAGAUUCCCAUGCCAAUAAAGUAUGAUCGUCAUUUUUCCUGAACUCGAUCGUUUAUAAAAUAAAGUAUGAUCUCCAUUGGCUUGCGUGAACCCCAAAGCUCUCAUUGUUUUGGUUAAGCGGUCAAACCAGGCUCUUGUGACUGUUUUAAACCAUAUAAUGCCUUCUUAAGUUUGCAUACUUUUAGAGUAUCAUUUGGGUCUUUGUAUCCUAGUGGAAGCUCUAUAUAUAUUUCUUCUGAGAUUUCUCCAUGUAAAAAUACAUUUUUCACAUCAAAUUGUAAUAAGGACCAUCCAUAAUGCACAACCAAGGAUAUUAAUAUUCGAACUGUUCCCAUCUUCGCAACUAGAGCAAAGGUCUCCAUAUAAUCAAUACCAUAGCAUUAGGUGAAGUCUUUUGUCACCAGCCGAGCUUUAAAACGCUCAACAGUCCCAUCAAAUUUAUAUUUAAUAGUGUAUACCCAUCUGCAACCCACGGUUUUCUUCCCUUUAGGAAGUAGCACGAGUCCCAAGUUUGAUUCUUUUGUAGAGCUAGCAUCUCCUCAUCCAUUGCUUUUUUCUAUAGAGGGCUUCUUAGAUCUUCAUCAGUGUUUCAAGGAGUAUCGUGUUUAUCAAUAGUUGUCAGAAAUGAACUGUAGUGCGAAGAUAGGUGAUGAUAAGAUACAUAAUUGUAGGAUGGAUAUACCUUUUUCUUUGUACAUUCUCUAAUUCCUUUGCGGAGAGCAAUAGGGCAGAUUUCAUUUCCUUCAUUUCCUUGAGUAACAAGAAGGUUCUGUUGAUCAAUUAGUGAAUUGUCGCAUUCAAUAAUAGAAUCAUGUGUAUCUACUGUGUCAGACAGAUCCUGUUCAUUGGUAUCUUCUGCGUCCAGUUGUUCAUGAGCAUCUGUUGAGUCAGGUUGUUCAUAGGCAUCUGCUGCAUCUAGCAGAUCUUGUUCAUGGGUGUCUUUGAACAUCGUGAUUGAACAAUAGGGGUCUAUCAGUGCAAGUCAGCUGAACACUGAUUGAUGAGUGGGUAGGUGGGUUAGGUGCACCUCUCGCCCAGUGGGAAGUCAUGAGGCUAGUCCCCCCCUGAAUGAAUAAGUAGUGGGCCCCCCUUCCCGCCCACGUAUGCACCUUUAUUUUUUUUCUAAAUAUUAGAUUUCCGGAGAAUCUUUGCUUUCUUUUAUAAUAACCUCGACCAAAUCGAUUUGGUCGAGGUAACAUUUCAAGAGCUUCAUUCUCCUUGAGAAUCUCAAUGUGUAAAUCGUGUUUUUCCGGCACAGGAAUAUCACAGCUAGAUACUUGAUUGUUGUCUGUUGGAAAUACAUGCUGCUUUCAUCAAAUGUGACAUUAAUCGUCAUCAAAUAAUAUCAGACAAUUCAAGUCUUUACCUAAUUUUCUCAAUGACAAUAGAUGUGCAUUCAAUCUUGGAACAUGAAGAACAUAUCUUAAUGACCCUAAUUUCUCAAGAUGAAUUGAUCCAAUGCCAACUACAAGUAACAAAUCUCCACUUGUAGUAAUAACCUUCUGAUUAUUGGUAGAUACCUCAUAUGUUAUGAAUAGUGAUGCAUAUGGUAUCAUAUGAUAAAUAGCUCCAGAAUUAGUGAUCUAGGACACUUUUUGGGGUGAAGGUGAUGCCAAUGAUGAGGUAUUUAAGCAUAAGGGAAAAUGUUUAGGAAAGUGCUUACUAGCAUGUGCGAGGGAGGUGGAGCUGAUCAUGCUCUUUAGCUGUUCAAUUUCUUCUCUGAGUUUUCCAAUCUCUAAAGGUUGGGAGGAAGUAGAUCCGUCUUGACUAGCUCCUCCUUGAAUCAUGGGUGCAACACCAUCUUCAUUUUGAGCAUUAGCCAAAUGUAACUUUCCAUAAUUCGGUGGUUUGCCAUGGAUCUUCUAGCAUGUCUUCUUAGUGUGAUGAUGUUUCCGACAAUAAGUGCAAAAUAGGUGUGCCUUCGGAUCAGUCUUACGAUCUCCUUUGAUGAAUGGUGCUUUACUAUUCCCCUAUUUUAAUACAGUGGUAUCUUUGCCCUUGAGAGUGCUGAAUGCAACAGUUUCUGUCUUUAAAUCAUUUCUCAGAUUUCUAGUAUUUUCUUCUUGUUUGGCUCAUGCAAUUGCUUCUUCAAUAUCUGGUACUAUUUCCUGAGCAAGGAUCUGAUUUACUAGAGUCUCAUAUUGUAGAUUUAGUCCCAUCAAAAAUUUAUACAGCCUGUCUUUCAUGAUAUAAUUUUGUUCUUCAGUAUCAGGGUUCUUGAUUGGUCUGUAGUGGUUGAUUUCUCUCCAAAUGAAUUUCAAUUCGCUAGCAUAUUUCAUAACAAUCAAUGUUCCCUGUACCACAGUCAAAGAUUUCUGCACCAAUCUAUAAAUUUGGGAUUCGUCAUGUUUAGUAGAGUGAACAUGACGAACUUUGUCUCCUAAUUCCUUCACAGAUUUCAGAAAAAGAAAUUAUUACUUAUUUUUGGUGAAAUAUUGUCUAGCAUCCAAUAUUGAAUCAGUGCUUCUUCUUCUUUCCACCGAGAAUAUCCUGAGUUGUCAAUACUUGGUGAGGAUUGCAUCAGGUGACAAUCCAGAUUUCUCCCACGUAGAAUAAGUUCUACAUAUGAUGUCCAUUGGAACAAAUUGAUUUCAUCAAAUCGGAAUCUCUCAGCAAUUUUAGGUAGAUCUGAACAGACCUUAAUUACUUCAAAUGAAUGUCCUGGGCCAGAGGAGGAAGAUUCACUGACCUUUGUCUCCAUGUUCUUCAGCUGUGACCAGAUAGCCAAAAAAAAUCUUAAACAGAGAUUCCCUGAUGUGGUCCGAAUAACAGUUUCUGUUCAAGAAACUGAGGAUGACUGCCACCGUCAAGAAAUGACAAUGGUGUAUUCGCAGAUGUCCAUCACCGUCAAGAAAGGACAACGAUGUAUUCGUAGACGUCCUGCCACAGUCAAGAAUCAACGAUGGUGUUUCAGUAGACGUCUCCCACCGUUAAGAUAGUGACUCUCCAAAGAAUCUGCCGGUCUGCUUAUGACCAAGAAACCCCACAAUUUCAGGUACUGCAGGCAAGAAGAAGAUCACCAAGCGACACUCCCUGCAGUGUGAAGUCGUUGUCACCACCAAGGUUGGUUGAUCUUCCGUCGGCAGUCUUCACGCAGGAUCAGAGAGAAAGCUCUGAUACCAUGUUACGAGAUACAGCGGAAGCAGGAAAACUGACUUAGCCCUUCUCAGGGCAGUACGCCAGUAUUUAUAUAUUGGCGUCUAAUAAACCUUUCCAGUAUUACGGAAAGGUCUACUAACAGAAACACGAAAAAGGAAAUACAUCUAAUAAUAGUAAAGAAAGGAAAAAUAGAAGGAAAGCCUAAUAUAGCAGAAACCUUGUUCUGCGUAACAAUUCCCAUCUUAAAUCAUGGUUCCAAGAAUCACCAUUGUUGCACGAUAAACUUAUCACUAUUACCACCUUAUAAAUGCAUCAUGGGUUAUAUCAGUGCAUCUAUAUUCAUUCUAGUCAUUUCCCAAAUUAACAUUGAUCAGAAUGAAGAAUCUCAAAGGAAAUCAGAGUAUGAUCUGAUGGAUGCUUUAAACUACGCUCUUUGAUUUAUAUUAGACUAUCCGAUCCACAGUCUGGGUGCAUAAGAUUCAAUAUUUUCCUAUACCUUGAUCGUGUCUAUGCUCAGUAGUUUUCUUUAUAUUUAAAUUAUGGAUUUCUGGAAUUGUGUUUCCAGCAUCUCAAUAUAAUUGUCUGUGACUAAUUUAGUUUUGUUUAUAAGCCACAUAAUGCCUCAGAAUUGACCUUUUCUUGGGCAGGUUAUUUCUUCUUUGGCUUCUGUACAGGCAUACUUUGAUUUCUUCUCCCAGAAAAUCGAAAAAGAGGCUCAGGUUAGACUCAGUUCGUGAGUUUAUAUCUUAUGAAUGUACGAACGCAUGUAAGAUAUGUUAAAAUUAUAACGGACAGAAAUAGUUUUGGAGUCAUAAAGCCUCUUCCCAAAUACAAAUAACUCCAAAUGAGUAGAAUUACUGAAGAAUACUUUUAUUUCAUAACCUCUCUGUGUUCUUUCAGCUCUUAGGAGGAAACAUAAAAAGCAAAAAAUGUCUAUAGUAGGCCUUUAAGCAAAUGAAAAGCAUCAUGAAUGGGUCACGAUGAGACUGAGUCGACUGCUUUUACUUCAAUUAUACUGUCUACAAUGCCAUCUACCUCUUUUGUGGAUUUGAUCGGAAAUAUUUCGAUGUCAUUACUAUGGGGCAUCCUCAUUCGUGUGACUCAUGAGGCAAGUUCAAGAAAUAAAUAAGUUUGAUCGUUUUUUGAAUAGGAUUUGGGAAAUGAGCAUUGUUGACACAGGAUAAUGAGAUGUGAUCAAAAAACUGUGGAUUUGUGAUUCACAUGGUUCAUUUUCCAUCAUAUCAAGCAUCGUCAUUUUUUCAAGAUGUUCCUCAUGAUUGCAGCUGUUGAUGAUAGUCAAAUUUUGCUUGUAUGAAAGAAUGUCCUGCAUUGUUGUGGAACUUGGUUGUUUUUGCACCUUUCCUCAACGAUUGCAGGUAUAGGUGCUGUUCGUAUUUUUCUUUUAAAAAAGAAUGUCCUGCAUUGUGUUGUAGAACUUGGUUGAUCUGUAUCAUUACGAAAGUUGAUUUCAUGCUCUUAAGAAACAUCAAUAUAGUGAUACCAUUUCUUUCUCCAUUUCUGAAAAACUCUCCACGAUCAAUAUCUUGACUUUGGUUUUGUGUCACUGUAUUUGAUAUCAAUGGCAAUUGAGAACACUUGUCGCCCAUUUGAUUGGAAGCGGAUGUUAGUAUCUACAAAAGGUUCUCAGAAUUGGUUGAUCUGGAGAUUCUGGACCACAAGUCAUGAUAUCACGGCCACAAGUAUUUUUUCGAGCACAAGUCCUCUUGAUAUCAGUUGAUUCUGGAGAUGACGUCUGAUUUUCUGGUUGAUUUCACUCUACAGUACCCACGGUGGUUGGUUUCUGGUGCUAGUGUUGCCAUAGUAGGCUGAAUGUGGUUGUGCGGUUCAAUGUGGGUUGGCUCUCAACGUUUUCUAGAAGUUGGAGAAUUCAUUCUCUAUAAGCAUUUAGAGAAUUUUUGGUGAUUAGGUUUGGAGAUGACUGUCAAUCCCUGCCAGAGGUGAAUAUAAAUAAGGUUCAGAUUUAAAGAAAUGCCCAGUUUAUGAAAUAAAUUAUCAGGAAGGUGGAGAGGUUCAAAGAUCGAAAUUUUCUUAAACGACCCACGUUAGGGGUCAUCUAUUUUCAUCAAUUGUCUACAUAGGUAGAAUAUCUCGCAGCCCAGAUCUGCUGCAAUGCCGAAAGAACAGGUUUCAAUUGACAUCUAGUUUAAGUGUUUUGAUUCAUGGCAUCUCCUGAUUCAUGAUACAAGUAUUUUUCUGAAAGAAUCCAAGAGUAUGCCUGGCUUGUUUAUGACACAAUUUGGAAAAGUGAGGAUUGAUUCCACUAAAAAUGGAAAUUCAUUCCGUUUUAUUUCUUUGAGCUGUGCUAGAUGUAGCUAUUUUUGUUUGUCCUUGGCUGGUUAGACCAUAAUUUGAGUUUCUAUUGUACCAUUGUAGGAGUUAGAUGAGGCUGAAAUAGAAUUAGAGCUUCUUCAGAAAGAGAGAACCCUUCAGAACAUAUCAGAAGGUCCAGACAAAGAGGCACAUCUACUCGCUGAUAUAUCUAGUAUGUUUUUCUUAUUGAAAAGUUCAAGUAUUCCAUUCGUUUCUCUGGUUGUGUUAUUUAUCAAUGUUAUUGGAACAGACGAUUUAAAGGAUGUUUUUCGACUACAGCAAAUCAAAGAAGAAAUUCGUUCCAUGUAAGUGCUGAAUUUUUUGCUUGUUAUUGCCUGGAUUUUCUGUGUAAACAUCUUCUGCAGAAUGUGUACCUGUGAUGCUCAUCUUAGGCCUAGGAUGGUUCAUCAUUUUUCUCAUGUUCUUGUCCUGGGGCAGAGCAUGGGCUCUGCGACCAGCCUGCAAGAGGAGAGGUUAAUUUUUUUGGUAAUUCACUCUAGUGAUAUUUGUCAUUAUUGGACUUAUCUGAUGUUAAAUAGGCACAUUACAUGAGUCACAAGGCAACCAAGUGAUUUCCCAAGGUUUUUUACUGUGCAUUUUGAGUAAAUAGUAAUGCUUGAAAUACAAAUCCUUGAAUAUAAAUGUGCUUAUGGCUGGAGUUCAGGCCUUCCACCUUUCUCCUCUGUCUGUUGCGUGAUGACAAUGCCGAUUCACCUGAAUUAUUGCAUUCUUCUUUUCCUUCUGGUAGGCCUGGGUUAUGCGAAUUUAUCAUUGCGGGGGGAAGUCUUUGAACUAGUUAGGUUGUUUCUUGCAUUUUGAUGAUUUUGUCUUGCCAUCUUCUGAGCCCAGUCAAUGUAUCUCGAGGUUGGAAUUUAUAUCAACAUUAAUUCAUAUAAUGGUUACAUUAGUACUGGAUACUAGCUUUGUUGCUGGGAGAACAAAGAAUUUGGGAGGACAUGCAGGAUCAGUUCUAGUUUAUUCUGAUAAAUGCUUUUGUUAAUCAGGCAUAGAACUUUUGGUUUUGAAAAUAGAACUUGUGCAUUGGCUUUGUUGUAGAUAUGUCAUUUGCCCUAGUUCUUGGGCACAAUUAAAAUGCUUCUCAGCUUCUACAUCAGUUAACCUUUCAAUUUUAGGGGUGAUGUCGUCCAUCCACUAUCCAAUUUUAGUGGAUUAUAAGCUCAAGUAACAUGAAUCAUAGACUAUAAGCACAGGAUGGCCCGAUAACCUAUCCGGCUAUCAAUAAAAUAUGUCAUAAACGCAUCUGAGAUUAGUUUUCCUGCUUUUAUUCAUUUUUUAUUUUAUUUAAAUGUGUUUGAAAUCUGUUUGAGAGUGUUAUAACUGAAUCACCUUUUUAGAGGGGCCUUAAAAGAAACUCGGUCUAUUUAAAGACUCUAGUUGUGGCCCUAGAGGCAUUAAUCAGUUUCACAAAAUUUUCACCCCUUUGAGAUUCUAUCUCGUUGCUAUAAGACUCUGGUGUGUUUUCUGUAGAUUUAAGGAAACCCUCUUGAUCUUAUUGACUCAAGAUCACCUCCUUGUUAAUGCAUGGGUUGAAGCUUCCAAGUUUUGUAAAUUUAGGGCAAAGAAUCUUCAUAGAAGUUUUGUUUCUUGUGGAUUCAAGGAUGAAAUUUAAACUCCAUGCAAUUCAGGCUAUAUCAGUUAGUAUCUGAACAAACUUCACAUUCUAGAUCCAACUUUGAAGAUGACACAAGGUAAUAAAUUAUAAAUUAAUGAGAUAUGCCAUCUCUUUGACGAUAAUUUCUUCAAUUUCAAGACCAUAUUGAUUAGAAAUUUGAAAGUAUAGAUGAUACUUUGAAGCAAAUAUUAUCUCAUAUCUAUUCAAGAAUUUUGUUCACUAGCUUAGAAUAUUGAAAAUAAAAAUGACUUUAGGUGUCCUUCAUAGAAAAAUCUAUCAAAAGAUACCAGGUAAUUCAAAAAGUCAAUCUAAAGAUGAUGGCAGUGGAGUUUUUUUCAUUAAAAUUGAUUUGCCAAGCUUUAAUAGUCAUUUGAAAAUUGAAGAAUUUCUAGGCUAGAUAUCAGGUGUUGAAUGAUUUUUCGAAUAUAUGGAAAUUGGUGAUGAAAAAUUGGUAAAAUUAGUUGUGAACUUUAGAUUUCUGUUCGAAAGAUUGGAUGAUAGCUUUUAUUUUUUAACAAAACUAAAGUAGAUCUUGCUAGGUAGAUGCUUUGCCUUUUAAUUUUUAUCCUACUAAUUUUACCUAUUUUUCAUCACCAAUUUUCAGAUAUUCAAAAACCUUUUAACCUCUAUUAUCUAGUUUACAAAUUCUUUAAUUUUCAAAUGACCAUCAAAAUUUAGUAGAAGGCGGUUCAUCUAUUCAUAGGCAAAGUCUAAGACACCCCUAAGAAGCAUUAUUGGAACCAGUGAGCUUAGGAGAGAACUUAGGACCUUUCCAGUUCAAAAACCUUUUAACCUCUAAGAGCUUUUUAAUAGGCAAAGUUUCUUUUAGGACACCCCUAAGAAGGCGGUUCAUCUAUAACAAUGUCUUAAACAGAUUUGAAACAUGUUUAAAUAAAUUAAAAACAAAGAACAGUAGGAAAUGAAACUUAAAUUGAGAAAACUAAUCUCAGAUACGUUUAUGAUGCGUUUUAUUGUGGAUCGGGUUAGUUAAUGUGCCAUUUUGUACAUGUAGUCUAUUAUUCAUUCUCCUUAGGUUUCUAGUCCACUGGACUAGGAUAGUGGAUCGACUACAUCACAGAACAAAAUUUGUGCUUGUUCUAACUAGUUGCCAACACCUAGCACAUAACCUUCUCAACAUUAAACGUAGGACAAGUGGGUGUCGUGGGAAAUCCCUCUUCUACUGCAGUACCUCUCGUUGCUGCUUGUCACCAACAAAUAUUCAUCUGAAUCGAGGGAUGAUAAUGGUUUAUGUGACUAGUUUUCUUUGUGCAAUGGAUUUGGAUAUGGCUGGUGUUGUUUGGGUGCAGGAAUUCACUGUUUUUAGUGUAUAGUUCCGUUCUGAUUAAUUAUGUUGAACCAGAGAAAAAUCCAAACUUAAAGAGGAAAUAAUAGUUCGAAGGCAGAGAAAGCUUCUUGUGAGACGUGGUCGCCAAAAGUACUUAGAAGAAGCUGCUUUACGAGAAAUGGAGCUUCUGCAAGAGCUUGACAGGUUUCUUCUCAAAUUUUAUUCAUUUUGCUCUUAGGCGAUGCAUGGAUGAUUGUUUGUGGUUUCUCCAUCUGCUAGUUGACGAAGGGUCGUAAGUUCUUUCCUUUUCAGAGAAAGAACCAGUGAGGCAGAACGUGAGAUUGAACAACAACGAUUAUUGGAAACUGAGCGUGCAAAGACAAGGGAACUGCGUUAUAAUCUUGAAUUGGAAAGAGAAAGGCAAGCUCAGGUAUAGUGUCUACAACUUCAAUCAACUCCUCGCCAUAAACGAUGUCCCCCACACCCACACACCAGCAUAAUGGUAAAAGUAUAUAGUCCAUGUAGCCAGCAAUGGUAUAGUUCUUUGGAUCACGUCUAAGCUUGCACUAGUAAGCUGUAGUACUCAGUAUAGGAUCCUUCUUUUUCUUCGAUUUUGUUUAUUCUGAUUCUGUUCUGCACACUGGUUUUAGUUCGUGACUUAUUCUUGAGAGGGUGAUCAUAUACUUCUUUUGUUUCCUAAUAGCUCAUUUCCUUUGCUAUAAAAUGUUAAUUUGUAAUUGCCCUAGUUUUAUUUGGAAUAUUUCUACUUACUGUCUCGUUCUUCCAAGAAGGUUUAAUCCUAUCAAUGAUUCUGAUAUUUCUGUGUAUUUCCCCUUGAAGUUUGGACGUGCUUUUUGCAUUUUUUGUUAUAUAUGUUAAACAUGUUUAAAAACAAUCCCUCACUAGAAAGAUGUAUGUGGAGGCUCAUAGCUGAAGAGCCUGCUGUGAUUAGGAACCUGGAUGAACUCAUCUGGGAAUAACUUUAUGUGAGCUGGAUCACUGGGGUCAUCCCCCUUCCCUCUUCCAAAGCAUUACAAAUAUUUCAAAGGAACAGGUUAGCACAACGUGAAAUACAUACACGAGGAUGAGAAAGUUUGAACCAUUUGAUUGCUUGUGAGCGACAUGCAGAAUCUUAGUAUUUCACAUUUCUGAAACCGGUUUCUGAAUCCAUAUUUCUAUGCUCAUUCAAAUCGAGAAGGGCAAGCAGGCAAGUUUGAGGUUUCUUCUAUUGCAGAGUUGUAUUUUCUUGGGCACAUGGGAAGGUCCAGAGGUGUUUACUGCUGUAGAUUUGCUUGCGUGCCUUAGGACGUCAUAUCUGUUGAUGCCGUGGUAUUCGCACAAGAGCAGGUCUUAAUGUUGUGUCUCAGUAUCAAACAAUAUGUGGAGGCGUUAAGCACGGUCCCUUCUAUGUCUAAAUACUGAUUUUUCAUGAUUGCUUGCCAGAAAAGGUAAUAGAAGCUCAUAACAAUUGGGAUCCAUCCUGUAAUACUCUGAUGUUUCCAGCAGUCAUAGUGAGCUUCUUUUCCGCAUCGCUGAAUUACAUCCGUACCUGGGGAGCAAGAUGGUGUUAAACCCCCCGCCGCCCAGCCCCCCCACCUAAAGAUGGAUUUCUCUCUCAUUGAAGUGUGAAGGUUUGAUCUCAGAUGCAGUUCUCGUUGGGCACCAGCUUCCCUCCCAUUUGAUACCUUGAAGAUAUAAUAGGUUUUGAAGAUGAUGCUAUUCAAGAUUUUGUGGGUCUUCGAAGUGGCUUUAAAAUGCCUAAUCAAGUGUCUCAGGUUUCGGUUUACGCUGCCAAGGACCAGUAAAUGCUUCAAGAUAAUGAAUGGUAUAUGUUAUUAUUAGAGAUCUAGAGUUGAGGAUCCUGUUUCAAUUUAGAUAUGCAGAAGAUCGUUCUAGCACUGCUCGUACUGAGUUGCAGAGAGAUUUCUUAUUUGCAUAAUCAUGACAGACAAAUGGUUAGUUCAUUUUAGUGGAUCAGUUAUUUCCUUUUGAAUUUGUACCAGAGUUUAUUAUUCGUUCUUUGGGAAAGGACAUCAUCGGUUGACUGCAUGGUAGACUGGGAUCUUAGCAUCUUCCUGCUCGUUCAUGUUCUCUAUCUAAUUCUCAAGGUCUGAACCUAUUUGAGACUGUAAUGCGGCCAGUUAUAUGUUCUUUCUGUUUUUAAGGAGCCACGUUUUGUGUCCAUGCACUCUUAGUCGGGUGUUUUGCCAUCCUAUUUUUAUUUUUUUUCCUUUUAGUGUGUUUUCGAUGUACUUUGUUUUGUGUCACCGAAUGAAAUGGGAGAUUGAAGGAAUUGAGUUCCACCUUUGUCUAGCGGGAACUUCAGAAGGAGCUGGAACUGGUAGAAUCCGGAGUCCGGUCUUCACGGAGGGACAUCUCUUCGAAUCCGAGCAGGUAUGCUUCAAAAACGAGGAAAGCCUUCAAGUAUACCAUGCUCUAUCCGCAAUGGGGACACUCAAAUUCUUUUCUCGCACCUGUGCAGCCGGCCUAGGGAGAGGUACCGCGAAAGAGAUAACGGGAGAACGGCUCCUGAAGGCAGCAGCAGAGGCCGAGACGGAGGUACCUUUCUGGCGACGGCAGCUCCGGGCUCCACGUUGGUGCUCGCGGGAUCGCGGUCAUCCUUCCUGGAUAAGCAGCCUCCCACGAUUCUGCAGCCAUUGGAGCGAGCGGAUGAGCGCGGCCCCGCUUACGAGGACAACUACGAGGGAGGCAGGGAUUCGGGAGACGCGAGCAGCGUCGGUGAUCCGGAGACGGCGUCCCUGGAGGCCGGCGGCUUCGGAUCGGCCCCGCGGCAGGGGCGCGGCGGCAAAUCCAGACAGAUCGUAGAGCGUAGAGAACGGGAAGGGAGGAGGGAGGGGAAGUGGGAGCGGAAGCAUUCCUGA